CAGUUAACCGUGGUUGGGUUAAAUUGUGGUAACAAACUUGCAAGAUCCAGUAUACACCAAGUUGGACUUAGACGAUUUACAGCAGAUUACACCUGAACAGUUGAACAUUGACCUAUACAAACAACUACGGUUUGAUGUAUCUCUCACUAUUUUUGGUAACUGUCGGUUGAUUUGUUUUCACAUCUAUUGAAAUUAACAGCUUCUUAAAAUAGAGCAUAGAGCUGGCUGAUCACACUUCAAAAAUAAAAACAACAACUAUAUAUAAAGUAUUACCCAAUAUGAACACAAAUAUUUAACCAUUCCAAUUUCUAAUAAAAAUAGUAAGCCAAAAAAAACUCAAAGGUGUGGUGGGAAAGGAAAAGCCAAAGAAAACAAAUGUAAAUUAGUUGAUUAAAAUCUUUUUUUCUCGAAUAGCAAGACAAAACCAUUCAACAAAAACGCUGUCGUAUCUUAGUGGACGUCUCCGUCGUAAAUGGCCAUGGGGGAGCCAAAGCCAAGGGUAAGCGGUGCUUCUUCCUCCACGGACUCAUAUUCAACCCCUUCAGCGUCACCGACACCAACUCCAGCUCCACGUCAGCCCGUCACGUUACUCGAACCAUCUCACCAACACAAGAAAAAAGGCAAGAAAGUCUUCCGUGUCUUCCGCUCCGUGUUCCGUUCUUUUCCCAUCAUCACGCCGGCGGCUUGUAAAAUCCCGGUCCUUCCGGGAGGUAGCUUACCCGACCAGCACCGAAGCGGGUCAAGCGGGUCAAGAGUCUCCGGGACCUUGUUCGGAUACCGUAAAGGCCGUGUAAGCCUCUCAAUUCAAGAAAACUCUAAAUGUUUUCCAUCUCUCGUCGUCGAGCUAGCAAUGCAAACAAUGGUGCUACAAAAGGAGCUGAGCGGAGGAAUGGUUCGGAUCGCUUUAGAGACGGAGAAACGAGCUGAUAAAGAGAAGGUUAAGAUAAUGGACGAACCAUUAUGGACAAUGUAUUGUAACGGUAAGAAAACGGGGUACGGUGUGAAACGUGACGCGACGGAGGAGGAUCUUAACGUGAUGGAGUUGUUAAGACCGGUUUCGAUGGGUGCUGGUGUUUUGCCUGGGAACUCGGAGGCUGAAGGACCUGACUCGGAGAUGGCUUACAUGAGGGCUUACUUUGAGCGUGUCGUUGGGUCUAAAGAUUCAGAGACGUUUUAUAUGCUGAGUCCCGAAGGGAAUAAUGGACCAGAGCUUAGUAUCUUCUUCGUAAGAGUUUGAUUUGAUGUAAUGGUCGGAGACAAUAUAUGGGCAGACGUCAAAGAAUGGAAACAGCAACAAUAAAGCAAAUACGGUCAACAGGAGUAAUCUUCUUGCAAAAUCAUCGAGUCCGUUGGAAUCGACCUCGGCCAGGCCAUUUAAACUCCAAUUACGAUGCAGGUUAAGAUUCAACAACGAAUAAGGUUUUUGGUGGAUGGACUAUUCGGGAUCAUCAUGGUGUAUAAAACUUUCAAUUGGUCCGUCCAUUUGAACUGUCGACACGGACUAUUACCUUUUAGGUUACAAUUAGUCGGUACGUAAUAGACAUCGGUCCAAAAAAUGUCUGAAUUACUUAUAGGCAGGUCAAUGGACGUCCAAUAGUAUCAAUACUUAUUUCUUAAUUAUUAUAGUUUUGUGCUAAGAUAAUUAUGUUUUCCAGUGAAACUGUAAAAUUAUAUGUUCUCUCAAAAAAACAUAAAAUUAUGUUUUCUUGCCAAAACAGUAAUAUUAUGGAAACUUAUUAUUUUUCGUUUUUUGUAACUCGUGUUAGCCACAUUGCACUUGAACUGAAUCCAGAUUUUUUUUUCUGGUAUUAGUUGAUUUUCAAAUUUAUUAUUUGAAUCGAAUCAAAUCACUUAUAUAUUAACUGAGGAGUAUUACAAUAUUUUUUUGUAUCCACAUGACAUCUUCUUAGAAUUUUUAGAAAAAUUAGUUGAUCCAUCUAAACAUAUACUAUAUUAUAUUUUUUUAUUAAACUAAAUGUAAAAUUGAUUAGUAGUGUUCCAAAAAAAAAUUCCGUAAAUAGAAAAUACGAAAUUACCUAAUAUGAUUAACAUAUAUAUGAUAAUUAAUGAUUUUAAAUAAUAAAGAUUUGAUAACAGUUUUUGUAUCCUUCAUCGUUUUUGUUUAGUUUUAUAUUCUUAAAAGAAACUAAACAAGUAAACAAUGACAUUAGUCAUAUAAUAAAAAAAUCGAUUUUUUCUUAUAUGUUAUAUUUUAAAAUUUUUAGAACGACUAUAAAUUAUUAAUACUGUUAAAAUUUUCACAUUAAAAAAAUUGUGAUCAAUGGUUUAACUUUUUGUUAUAACAAGAUACAAAUGAUCGUAAAAUCAUAUGAAUAAGAAGUUUUAUUUAAUAUAUAUUCGGAUGAAAUAUAUAUAUAUAUAUAUAAUUAUUAAAAUUAAACUAUAUACCAUAUAAAAAUACAUAAAUAUGUUGAUUUCAAAACUUUCAUUGCCAAAGUAUUGAGACCCUUAAUAUUUUAAUUUUGAAAUUUUCAUUGAAUUUUUAAAAAUGAUUAUAAAUUAUUAAAACUAUUAAAAAUCUUACACUAAUUUUUUUGUGAUUAAUAGUUUAAUUUUUUGGUACAUAAAUAUACACAUGUUAAUCAAAUUAUAUGAGUAGGAAACCUCAAUUAAUAAAUAUCCAUAUUAAAUAUAUCAUAUAUCUAUGUCAAGAUUAUUUAAAUUUAAUUAUAUAAUAUAUAAACAAAAAUAAAAUGAUUAUUUUUAUUUAUUUACCAAUAAAAAUUAUU